CAAGCUUUCUGUUGAGAGAGGUAUAGCUGCAAACAGAGUACACUGUAUUAUAUACCGUCUGUGCGUGUUGGUGUAGAUGACUUACAGGCAUGUGUACAGCUUGGCUUGUCUUUCUUUGGGCACAACAGGAUGAGUGCUGGACGGGCCUCUGAGGGCGCAGGCUGCAUCACCUGGUGGGGCUUCAGUCCUGCGCGCGACCUGCUCACUAUGGGCCCUGUGAGACAUGAAGGGGAGGUCAAUGUUUUACUGGUUGGCAGUGGAGAUCCACGACAUAUUUUGAAGACCAUUGCUGGUUUACAGAGUGACGAACGCCUUCAUGUGUGGGUAAUAGAAAACAGUAUGGAGGUGGUGGCUAGACAGCUGCUGCUCCUCUACCUGGCACUGAUGCCUCAAGAGAACAUGGGACUCAAUGAGAAGGCAGAGGUUUUCCUGGAGGUGUUUGGGAACAGUGAGAUCCGCAGUCAGACAGAGGAGACACUGAGACAUGCAGUAUUGCAGCUCUCUCUGUCUGUCACUGAAACACUGGAAACAGCCGCACACCCCUGUCUGAACACAAUCCUUCUCAAGUUCAAGGAGCGAGACGAGCUGGCCAGAAUAUUCAAGUUGUGGAUGCAGCCUCAGUCUUCCUCAUCUGAGUAUUCUGCUCCUGCUGUAAUGUCCAAAGCCUGGGAUUAUCGAGUCAGGCAGCACCUUGGGGAGCGGUACGACUCCAAGAAAGGCUGCUUUGACUGGGACCUUUCAAUGAAACUGCAUGAGAAAGGGUGUGGCAUUAUCAGUAAACAACAAUAUGUGCAAUGGAGGGAACGGGGUUUGGCGUUCGAAAUGAGGGAAGGUGCCUACCAAAUAACCAAUCCAACUGUGCUGUCUUCAAGAGUGUUCAGUCAGAGAGGGAACAAAGUGUCUCUCAGGGGGUACUGGGGAGACAUUGUGUCCAGUCCCUACCUCUCCUUCGGCAUUGAAUCUGAUGACAAGAGCCUACUGAAGACACAGAAUGGGCACCAUAUCAAGACAGCCCAGGAUAUCUCCUUUGUGAAUGUGCAGGCAUUGUUCCAGUCCCUGUCCAGUAGAAGGGGCUGCCCCACUACUUCUCAGUCAGAGGCAGAGGAGCCAUCCACUCAAACUGACCGAAAAUCUGUCACCAUUAAUGACUUGAUGCAUCUGAAUGGCAUCUCAGUAACCUUCUUACCUAUGGACUCUCUUCACAAAUUGCCAGAAAAACAGAAAUACUCCCACCUCUUCAACACAAUCUACUUCUCUGCCAGCUGCGUGCACCAGUUGGGCCCGAUGAUGCGACAGAUUGCAGCACCAGAUGCAGUGCUUGUCGUGGAGUUGGCCAAGUACAUUUUGGAUCUGAACAAAGAGCAGGAAGCAGGCUUUGCAAAGAAGGUGGCGAGCAUUGCUCUAGAGGCUACUUUUGAACCAUGGCAAGGAGGGAAGAGUGAUGACAUCCACGCUGUUUUCAUACCACAGAGAAAGUAAAAGUGGUUCAGCACCAACAGAUCGACAGUCAAGGUUCUAUUGUUCCACAGUGAAUAUUUAACAAGAUCUCCAGAGUGAGCUGUGAGUCUUUCAAUGUCUGAAUUUUCAAGAAUAAUAAUCAUAUUUUAUUUUAAAUUUGAAUGACACUGGAAAUGUCCAGUUUAUUUCAUUUUAAACAUUACAGAUGUAUGUGUUUCAAUAAAUGUCACACAGAUCCAGCAUAUGUCACUAAGCCUAAUAUAAGUGAUGAAUACUGCAAAACUGUUGCUAUCUCAUCCUGAAACUAUGAACUAUUGGUUCUUUGUGCCUGUGUGAGGUCACUUCCAGCGUCCUCCAACCUUCCCCUUACCAUGGCCCUUUUUACUGCAUUGAAACAAGAAAAAAGUUGAUUACAUUCACAGAAAUAACCAGCAAGUGUGACAGACUGGGGGUAAAAAGGGAAGUGGUAUCAUUUUAUGUAAAUAUUUUAGACAUGUGCCAUCCUAUAAAU